GUGUAUUUUAGGAGCAAAGACGCUACUAGCAGCAAAGGGCAUCGCUACUAGGAGCAAAGACGCUACUAGGGGCUCCUGGCGCGAGUUGCAAUUCUGGGUGGUUUUUGUCCAGGUGCAUGAAGAAUUCGAGAAGGCCGUUGACAAGUUUCGGCGGGUUCCUUACGACAUUUUUGACGUCAAAGAAGCAGCAUUUAUUGAAGACUUUCAUGAUUUUCGGCUUACGAUCCGUGACCUGGAUCGGCGCUUGGGCUCCGUUUUGGCUGCGGCCUUCCACGACCAAAACACCUUGCACGGUCGCAGCAAGCUCCUCGAUGCCUUCGAGGGGCUGCUUGAGCGGCCAGUGAUACAGGCUGAGCUGGUCCGCAAACAGAAGGUGCUCAUUGACCAGUACAGGCUUGAUGUGGACCAGAUUCACGCCAAUUUCACGGCCAACGAAGAAAAGGUCGACCAUUGCGACGCAGAUGCACCAAUCUUUGCCAACCUGCCUCCGGUGGCUGGUGCCAUCUUCUGGGCUCGCAGCCUCCGGACACGUCUUCAGGAGCCUAUGCCCAAGAUUUUGGCGUACAACGAGCUCAUGCGUGAGGUCCCUGAGAGCUUCAAGGAGCUGCUCCGCAUCCACGAUCAAACCCUACAGACCUUGGAUGAAUAUGAGAAGCGCCGAUACUCGGAAUGGAAGCAAGAGGUAGCAGGAUUCGACGUGGCCGUUUCGAUUUCAGUGUACCACAAGAACCCAAGCGGAAAAGAACCCAAGGAGGACAGGACUGGGCUUCUGAAGGUGAACUUCGAUCCAGCUCUCGUGCGGUUGUUGCGAGAGGUGACUUGGAGGACUUGGAUCGACUUGGACUUUGCUGGCUUGGACUUUCUAGGUGUGCCACCUGAAGCUUUGACGAUCUACAACAUGGUGGACACAUACCGCACCUGGACCAGCCAGUUGGAUCACAUUGUUGGGCUGUACAACUCAGUUCUCACAGAUCUACUGCCAGUGGAGGAGCCGCUGCUUGAAGACCGGAUCCUGAAAAUGGAUAAUGCGCUGGCCCCUGGGCUCACAGAGCUGAAAUGGUCUCGAGAGGAUCAGAUCCCGGACUUUAUCGCAGAAGCGAUGAAGGUCGUCAGCGAUGUGUCAGCCAUUGUGGACAUCAUGAAGGGCAACUUGCGAAAGAUCAGCAACAUCCUCUCGCAGUGGUGCAAGGACUCAAUGCUGGAACGGAAGCGUGGAGCGAAGCCUGUGUCGGUGGAGGAGUUUGAGCAGAACCACAAAGCUCGCGUUGGGGUUUGCCUCAUGAACAUGACGGAUGGAGGAAAGGAGAUUCAUCGUUUCGUCAAAGACUCCAGUGAGUCUCUGAAGAUCUCAAAGACGGCGCCAACUUGGAAGGCCUAUGUGGACUUUGUCAACAACGUUGUCAUCGAGGGCUUUGUCUCGGCCAUCGCAGUCUCCCUCCAGUACCUUUGUGAGAUCCUCGAUCCUUUGAUCAUUGCCAGACACGAGAUGCUGCCUUUAUUUGCCUCUCGAAGCAGAGUUGAGUGA